UUCGCCGCCGCCGACUCCGAGGCCCGGCGGGAGUUCGUCCAGCACUGCAGUAUGGCGGCCGAGAGGCAAAGCAGCUGCAGCAGAGCCACUUGUCCCGGAGGUGGCCCCAGAACCAGUUUCAGAGGCAGACCUCGCAGCACUGAAAACCAGGCAGGAGGAGGGGCAAAGCUGCGAAAGCCUGUUUUUGAAGGUUUUGGCUGAGUUUUUGGCUGAAGAACUACAGAUGGGCGGCAAAAAGCCAAAGGAUUUCUGGAACCCAGAAAUAGAUGACGGUCGGGACUACCUGCAAGAAGCAAGAGAUCAAUUCGCAGCAGCCGGCGGACACCUAGGGCAGACAACUGCACUUGAUCCGGACAUUUGGACGGUACUUAUUCUUGGUCUCUUAUCCUUUUAUUUUUUUUUGUAAUUUUUGUUCAUUUUGUUUUGUCACCGGUUUACAAAAAAAAGGACAAUGCAGUGAAAGUCGACAAAGCAAGCAAGACGGCUCGUAUUGAUCCCCAGCUAUGUUUCUUUGUAGUCGAUGCUCCAUCAACUUCGGAGCGGGCAUUUUUUGGUGUCAUAGUACUUGGAGAUCAUGUUUAUUUCGCUUGGCUUCCUAGACACACUUCCUUUCCUUUGCACUUCCAGGUUGCAACGAUUAUGACCAUGAUGCCACACUGUUAUGGAAAUUUUCGUGCCUUCGAUUUGCGAGCCAUGAAUAGUUGGCCAUGGUUGGAGAUUGAUGUUUACGAAACAAACCGGUUGCAGACGACCCAGUGCCUGCCUGCAGAAGACGAGCCCUUUUUCAAACACGUGUUAAACUUUUUUCACGAACGAAUUCCAAGCACCACGAACUCUGCGUCCACAUCUCUCGUAGUCUGGGAACACCCUUUGAUUUUGGUUCCGGAGCGUCUUGAACCGGACGGGCGAGGCGGGUGGACUCCCAUUUCUGCCAACGUCUCCGAGUCUGGUCGUGUGAUUCAUGAGGAGCGCUGCCGCAUCGGAAUGGCUACGGAAUAUCUUUUCCAAGCUCAAAAUUGCGUUCACGAAUUUGGACCCACGAAUUUUGACGACCUACCAUAUGGUACUUGUGAUCAUCUCGCAUUUCACUCAAACAUGGUUCUGUUUCACAUUCAUUGAUGAUAUGGUGUAUAUCCAGCGAGGAAAAGUUACGUGGCAUUUAACAUCCUCAGGUUAUUGCCUUGAUACGGGUCCUCGAGAGAAACUGAAUCUAGAUGAGAAGCCUGAACACUGGCCAGAGAAGGCGAUUGCCGAAGAGCAGACGCGGCACAGCAAAGGCAGCACUGAACCUUUGGUGCACCCGAAGUGGCACGAGACGUUUCGCGCAGAGUUUUAUCGGCGGGCAUCCUUUUGGAGACGUGGAUCGACAGGAUCGGGGGCAAAGUGGAGCUACAUACAUUUUCGGUGGAAUUGGAUCAAGGCUCGAUUAAAGUCUCACCGGGAUCAAAAUAACAACAGACUAGAUUGGAAAUUUGCUACCGAUGUCGGUGAGUCGUUUGUCUACAAGGCGGACUCCUUCUGUCCAACAGAUGAAUCAGUGCGGGCGGAGUUUGCAUCCCUUCAACAAAAAAUUCCCUUUGCCCGGUUAGAAAAUGCAAGUAAUCCAGCAGCGCACGAAACGACCACCAGGGACGAAAACCAAUCGGCACAGCCAGCGCCUGAAGGCAGCGAACAAGAGGAAACCACGCAGACUGGCGCGACUCGUCAGGCGCAAGAGCACCAAGGUUCCCUCGAUCUCACCAAGGUCCCCUUGAGUCCACCUGCGACCUCACCGAGGCCGGCCCACUCGGCCACCCCCGAAAGACGAGGAGGUACCGGACCAGGUGGGCCGACAGAUGUUGGAGCUGGUACUGCGGAACCGAGUGGCGGAAACCAAGUGCAGCCUGGCGCAGCACAAAAUGCGGGCAGUGGCGCAAAAGCGGUAUUUGAGGGGAACAGCAUUCCAGCUUCCGGGAGUGCCGCAGCUUCCGGAGGAGGCAGUUUCAGCUCUUCCUCGUCCAUUUUCGCUCUUCCUGGAACAGCAAUUGACAGUAGAAGUCCAGCAUUACGCCCUCCGCCAACGAGGCUAGCCGAGUUGAAGGUGGCGUCGCUGGAUGAGCGGCAAACGGAGACGGUGAGUUGCGAGAACCUGUUUGUGGAAUUUCUGGAGGAGCAGCUGGCGAAGAUUCCAGGCAUGGAGGGGUUGAUAUGAAUGGGAAAAUAAGUGUAACUCCCUCUCUGGUCGUGUACCUCUUGUCCUUGAAAGAUAUUGCAAAAUUAUGUGUUGAUCAACGAUUUCGAUGCUGCUUAUACGAAAGGCAUGAGAGAUCUUGUAGAGUGUGCUCAAGCUAGCCCAAAACAGCAGGAUCUCGUACUAGCAAUUUGAUCAUCACGCCGUGCGGUUGUGCGCUGCAACCACGAUUCGAAUGCGCCCCCCCCGCAGGGCGAGAGGUAGACGCAAGUCAGGGUGGAUGUCUUGAACUUGAUAUCGGAAACCAAAGGAUUUCUGGAACGCGGAUGUUGACCACGGCCGGGACUAUUUGCAAGAGACAAACGCAUUCUUCCAAGAAUAUGAAGGACCUAGUGAUGUGGUAGAGUCCGAUUCUGAGGACGAAGAGGACGAGCCAGAAACCACUCAGGGCGGGAGUUUGGUACUUGGUGGAGUAGACCUCCGUGAAUAUCUUGUCCCGAAGCACGACUCGUUUCCACGGGAUAGAUGGACGGUAAUUUGUCUUCGUAACUUUUUGGUUGUUGUUCAUUCGCUCUGGGAUUGGGAGUUUUGAUUAUGCUGCAUUUGAUUUUGGAAAAGAGUGGCAACCUACCUCCGUUCAUCACGACAGGUUCGAACGAUCUUGGCUAUGAUGCCGUUCUGUCACGUGGACAUCGGGGCGAAACCACUGAAAGAUCUCGUGCAGCGGUACGACUACAGUUACUGGCCCAGCGCCGAGUACAUAAUUUACAGCCCCGCGCGACUGGAAACCGGGUGCGCGUUGCAGGACAAAGACUUCUUCGCUGAAGUUUGGGAUUUUCUGCACGAACGCGUCACGCACCCUCCCUCCGCAACACCAGGAGCUCCUCCGGAGAGCGACUCGGAUCUGAACCGAAGUGUAAUUGUCUGGGACGACCCCUCGACUUUUGCUUCUUCUUCCAAAGAUGGCACGGUUCGUACCGCCGCCAGCUCGUCGGCCUCAAGCGCGGGGUAUGAGGCUGCAGAUGCGCACGGGACGAUGCCUCUCGCAUUGCGAGAGCAGCGCUGCCGAAUCGCAAUGACGACGGAGUUUCUUUUUCAAGCUACGGGCGAGGUGCGAUUUGCGCGCGCAUGGAGAUUCUCAACCUUCUAUGGUACUCACAUACUUCGUUCAACGUACAAGUAUGCGACCUUUUGUCGAGUCUGAAGCGGUUUUUUGAAAAUUUCAUUUCGACCGGAGCGACCGACUCCGCUUCCCUUCGCGCACCCGAUGCUAGUUCAGGCUUUUCAAUUUUGACAUACCCAAAAUUGGUGUCAUAGCAUGAUUCUGACCGAUAUAACCAACUCACGCCAGGUUACUGCUUGAACACCACAAAAAAGAAAGACUUGCAGCAGAAAUGGCAUCCUGCAAAGCGACACCAGUGGCCUGAGGAGAUAGAGUCUCGCCAGCCAGAUCUGUCCCCGGAUUCCUCGCCCGUCCCGAUGACCUGGCACACCGACUUCCAGCGCGAAUUUCGCAAGCGCGCCAGAUUUUGGCGUGAAAAUUCGACCGGACGCGGGCCCGUUUGGAGUUAUCGCCAUUUUCGUUGGAUCUGGCUAAAAGCACGGCGGAUGAAAAUACGCUUCCGCACGAAUGCUACCGAACUGAAGUUUAACCAUAUUCUCGCUGAAACGCCUGACGUAGUUGACAUCUACACGCACUUUGAUCCGAAGAGUGUCUUUGACCAGUUUCGUCCAAUAUACUGGCUGGACAAGGAAAAAGGUCAACAGUCGCGCCCGAGCAUACAACCUGACAUUCCGUAAACACCGAAACUGGCGAUGCAGUCGCCAUCGAGAGGGCCGUCAGCUGCAAGAUGACUGGCAUAUACGCCGGAGUCGCACACGUUUCCUUCACGGUUUGACCUACCAGCGUCACAUGAUGAAUGCCUUGGUCGAAAAAAUGAUUCCAGCAAAACGACAUGGGCUUUUCUCUCGCGUGACUCUGCUUAACCUUAAAGUAUUGAGACAUGGAAAAUGUAGCAGCGAAGGCCAGUGCUGUUCUACUCUUUGUCGCGACGCUGCUCCUAACUGUGACUGUCCAGAGUGUGCGUGUUGCGUUUCUUAGUGACGCACGAGAGUACUGUAUUUAUUGCGGCGAAGAAGUUGUAGAUCUAGAUCUGAAUCAAUCUGAUUCUGAAGGAAUUUCUGCUAAGAGGCAUUAUUUGC